UUUUCCUGAUUUGGGGGGUUUGGCUUAUGCAUUUUCUCCCUGUGUUUAUCAGGGAUGGGUUGUGACUUGUACUAAAUAUUCAAAAUGGCGGACAGAGGCUCAGCGAGUCAAGAUGAGCGCUUGAGAGCAGAUUCUACAAGCACAGCAACAGAAUCAAGUAAAACUGCCAUGGAGAAUGGAAUACACAGAGUCCAAGCUGCUCAAACAAACGGCCUGGACUUGCAGCAAAAACCAAAUGGACAAGCAACAAGUGCAAUCAGCAACAUGCAGGCACAAGCCUUGCUCCAACAGUUGAGUCUGAGUUCAGCACAGCAGCAGCAGUUGUUUCUGCAGCAGGCUCAGCAGAUCCUGGCAGCCGCCGUGCAGCAGCAAUCCGCCGGGCAGCAGAGCAGCACCACUGGAGCCAACCUCUCUGCUUCUGCUGCUACACCCAUCACUCAGAUCCCUCUCUCUCAGCCUAUCCAGAUAGCAUCCCAGCUGCAACCGACGGGUCUUAACCUGCAGCAGUUCGUGUUGGUGCAGCCAGGACAGCUUCAGCCUGCUCAGUUCAUCAUCUCCCCCUCACCUCAAGGCCAGACUGGACUUCUACAAGGCCUUCAAGCCCAGAAUCUUCUGACACAACUACCUCAAAGUCAAGCCCAGAUCCUGCAGCCUCAGCCAAGCAUUGCUCUGACUACACAGGCAGCAACACCUUCACGAAAGAUCGCUGCUAUGCCAUCUGCUGUACCACUCACAGCGAAGCGGGGAGAUGCUUCUGUAGUGGAAGAGGCUAGUGAACUGGAGGAACUAGAGCAGUUUGCCAAGGCCUUUAAACAGAGAAGGAUUAAACUGGGCUUUACUCAGGGAGACGUUGGCUUGGCCAUGGGAAAGCUGUAUGGGAAUGACUUUAGCCAGACCACCAUCUCCCGUUUUGAGGCCUUGAACUUGAGCUUCAAGAACAUGUGCAAGCUCAAACCCUUGCUGGAGAAGUGGCUGAAUGAUGCUGAAAAUAUGACAUCAGAAUCUGCCGUUUCCAGUCCCAGCGACAUGUCCCCAGGAAUGUGUGAGGGGCUAAAUCGACGGCGUAAGAAAAGAACCAGCAUUGAUACCAACAUUCGCAUUGCCUUGGAGAAAAGCUUUCUGGAGCAAAGUCAGAAGCCUACGUCUGAGGAGAUAACAAUGAUCGCAGAUCAGCUCAACAUGGAAAAGGAGGUGGUGAGAGUGUGGUUCUGUAACCGCCGGCAGAAGGAGAAGAGGAUCAACCCUCCGAGCAGCAGCACAAUCAACACCCCCAUGAAAACGGUCUUCACCAACUCGCCGUCUGUGAUCUCCAGUGCAUCAAAUACACUGAAUGGCAGUUCAGGGCUCUCUCUCAGCACUGCCUCUGUUCCCAACCUCACACUUGCUGUGCUUGAUUUUCUGUUGACUUCAGGUACAACUCUAGGACCAGUCACCUCAAACACUGCAACGGUCAUCUCUCUGGCACCUGCUGUCGCCACUCCAGCUCCGCCCGUGACAUCCUUGUCACUUACUCCUUCUGCUACAGCAACUCUGUCCAGUGCAAAACAGGAACUGGUCAGGACAACAGAGACUGGGUCCACCAUAGCAACGUCAACUGGACAGUUCCUCGUGUCUCCAGCCGGGCUGGGUGGAGCAAACCUGGCAGCCAUGGCAGCGGCAGCAGGAUUUAACCCAGGGAUUAUAUCACCUUCACAGCUAACCCAGGGGGGGGCGUUACUAAGCUUAGCACCAGCAUCGCUUGGCAAUGCUCUGACUCCGACAGCACUGAUGAACAACACUACACUGGCCACUAUUCAGGCCCUUGCAUCUGGAGGGGCGCUACCCAUAACCUCUAUCGAUGGAAACGGCAAUGUGCUCUUUGCCAAUACCAGUUCAGGAGGUCCUACACCCAAUCUGAUGACCACUCCUGUUCUUUUCAACUCACCCCUGUCUCUGCUCCCCACCGGUGUGCUUUCAACAGGCGGAGCUGGGGGCGGCCCUCUUAACCUACAGGUUACUGGUGAUGUGCACCAGAGUGCUCUGCCAGUUAAAAGCAUCACUGUGGCCUCCAAGGCUCAAUGAACAUUUUGCUUCUUCCCUCACUCUCUUUUUAGACUUUAUUUAAUCCCUUUGCUACUACCAAAUAUCGAAACUUUUUAUUAUAACUGCAAAGUUUUAUCCUUGCCCCAGGAGAAUUUGUUACCUGUUUUUGGACAAACCCAACCGUCUGUCCUAGCAGCUGUUUUGGAGCCUUUAUGGAAAUUAUUUGAUGGUAUAGUGGAGCUGAAGAAGCAGGUGGAAUCUUUCUAGACUUCUUUUUGCACGGGUUGUGGGAUGCUUUUCCUAAAAUCAAUCUCUUUUUAAAAAGGAAAAAAAAAAAAGUAACCUUUUUGAUCGAACCAAAAAAAACGUGAGAUUUUGAGAUCAUGUUAAUCAUCCUCAAACGAGAUUACUGGGCACAGAAAAUCAUGUGUUUACUUUGUGCAAGGUUCUUUUUAUUUCUGGGUCUGUCGUGCAGGUCCGUAUUCCAGAUUUAUAAUCAAGAUCGUGGCAUAUAUUUUACGGUUUGAGUCGGACAUGUUACUUCAAGUUGUCUCAGUAGAUGUUUUUAGAAGUCUUUUAAAAUAUAUAUACAGUAUAUAUAUAUUGUUCUAACUAAUGUAUCAAUUUAUGAACACGGUUAGAAGGCUUUAAAACUAGUAAUAAAUCCGAGGCCCCGAUUCAAAGCUGGGUCUCUUUACGAGCAGUGCAAGGAGUCUUUGUUCUGUCCAACUCUUGUCUGCAAACACUGAUCUUACUUUAGUGCCCCUUCAAUGUGGCAGUCACUUGAGGGCAGAAGAUGUCUACAAACAGCACUGAUGUUAAGGUUCAUGUAGGAGGGAGAAGUUAAUUAGAUUCAGGUUCUGAAUAGACGAGGCUUUGAACCACAGAUGACGCAUCCCUUCAUACACGAUAACUUAUCCGAUUCAGUUGAACUUGCAGUUUGUCAAUUCUAAAGGUCUGUUUUAUAAGGAUGCUCAAGCCAGCCUUUUCUCUUAGUGAUUUUCAUAACCGCUAAACCAAAUGUCUGAUCACAGUUUAUUGAGAGAAGUCAACAAUGUAGCUUUGCACACUGUAACACUUUGUAUAUUUGCCUAAGCAUUGAGUAACUGCUAAACUAAUAUACAUGGCUUUAUUCUCUCAGACAUGAUCUCUGGACUCGGGCAGUGAGGGUGUGUAGAUCUGAUAUGAAAAGCUUCGACCAAAGUGGAUGUAGAUAUACACGUACUACACGUACAGGUCACCGAAAAGGCCGAGCAGAUCCACUUUGUACAUGUUCUCCGUUCGCCAUCGUCGAACUUAAUCAUCGUUGAGUUAAUCAUCUGUGUCCGGAGACACGACACAUGCUGGACCCUCUGCUUUCGUAGCCAACACGGUUUAGUAGUAAUACCUCAGCGUUUAGUAUUAAAGUAAAAUACUGACCGAGGCACAAUGGGGGACAUGGAGCUAAUUCUCAUUAUCAGUAGCUGAUUAAUAAGGUUUUUUGCUUCAAAAAACAUCCAAACUACUUAAAUAAAUUCUUCACUAGAAGCUCAGAGACCAUUUUAGUCGUCAUUUGUUGUUUCAUAAAAACUUGGCACCAAAGUUAUCCAACACUAUGCAGUUUAUUUAAAUGCUCAGAAUGCUGCAAAAUAAUCAGGUUUUCAUUUAAUAAUAAAAGUAUGUUGUUGUUUUUUUGGCAUUAAACAGACCUUUCCUAUUGCUCAUUUUGGUAAUUAAUACAUUUAAAAAAAAAAAAACUACUGCACUGUAAGUACUACUAUUAAAGCUGUUCAUUUCUAACAUGCCAAAGCAAAUUCUUCCUGCAUUCCUUUAAUUAUCAUUGCGGAUGAUGUUAACCAGAUGCUGGUACAUGGAUCUCUCGCUUCUCGUCAGGUUUCCUGGCAAUAGUUUUAAUCUUUAUCUUUAGUUGUUACUAUAUACAGCAUAAUCUGUAUCUUGCUAUGCUAUAGACCAGAGGAUUAACUGUAUAAAUCGAUACUUGACAGAUAUCCUGCUUAUUGUGAUGACACAUCUGCUUACAACGUUUGCUACGUUUACCAAGACGACAUGACACUUCAGCGGCAGAAGUGUGAAAAUAAUUUAUUAGAGAAACUCGUUAAACAGAUCGUUUGUAUCUUAAGUAAGCUAGCCUAUAGAGCGUUUCUAAGCACUACAGGUUGAAAAUUCGACCUCUGUGGUCGAUGGAAGUUUUCAUAGAGCGUAACGUCAGCUUCUGUAUUCCAGCACGUAGCCUCGUACCAAUCUACUGUAAACCUAGUUUAAAUAACAGGUGCACUGUCUCGUUCGGGUGAAAAACUCAAACUAGGACGCAAUAUUUCUCACAAAGGAGGAGUUUUGCCUUAUUAGUCAUUUCUUGUUAGUAUUUACACAUGCUUCAGGUUCAAUUCAUUCUAGUUUGUGUUCACAUCCUCUUUGGGGGGAUAAAAAUAUAGCCCAAAAAAAAAAAAAAAAAAAUACCAAAGACUUUCCCCAUGGUGUGUGAUGUAGCACAGCCGCCUCGGCUUUCCUUAGGAAACAUCAUCCAUACACUGUGUUUUGAUCACGUCAGGACACAUAAAGUUUAGUCUCAUGCUGACACUUGGCAUUGUUCUCAACACUGAUUCUCAUGAGCUUUUUUCCAAAAGGAAGUGUUUCAAUGUGUUAUGGAUACAAAACCAAAGAUUUCUCUUCUUUCUCUCUCUUUUUUUUUCUUCUUUAAUGCUUUGCUUACAAGUCCUGUUUUUCUAAUCUUUAAUCAACAGCUUUUAUCUGUACUUUUUUCUACAGCAAGAAUUUCUGUUGAUGCUUUUUAUGGAUCGAAACAUUUCACUUUCUAGGGCAUGAUUUAUGUUCCUCGGUUUUAUCGUACAGAAAGGGCUGAUUUUAAAUAAAAUAAUAAAUUUUAAAAAAAUGCAAAAAUAAAGUUCACAUCAUUUACUGUUUUACCUUUUUGAUGUGGAUAGAAAAAAAGUAUUUUAACUUGCAUUUAGGUUAUUAGGCAUUAAUGUUGUAGUCUACUGUGUGUCUUGUGUAGUCUUGGUUUCUGUUAAUACUGGAAAUAUUGUAGUUGUGUAUAUAUCAUUAAACAUUUUUUUUUUUGCUAC